AUGAAUGCGCCUAAGAGGAAUUGUGAUGAAAUUGUUGUAUUGGUUGCUCUCAAAUAUUUGUGUGCUGUGGUGUGUUCUUUGAUGGUUAGAACAAGAUCCCAAGGUCAAGAAUUAGUACCCUUUGAUCCUGAGAUAGAAAAAACGUUCCAAGAGCUCUAUCGCAUCAACCAACGAGCGUUUGCUACUGAUAUAGAGUCUGACAUAGAGUCAAUGGCAGCCAACACUAAGCCCUUGAAGGAGUAUUCACCACCCACAAUCUUAUAG